GCGCCACACUCAAAGCGAUUUUGAAUUCUGCUUUCGUUUUUUCGUACUGCUGAGUAAUUGUCGAGUUCGCCAGUCUUUCUUGGAAAUACACGGUUUAAAACCUUAAUAGCAGGAGUAUAUCUGCUUACAAAAAUGACUACUUUGGAAAUACGCCCCGAAGCGAAAAAGCAGAUCGAUGACUUCUGUGAGCAGCGCAACAAAGAGGCUGGGUCCCUGCUGGCUGUCACCUUCCCCAGGAAGAUUGCAGAGUUGGAUGGCUUCUUAAAGGAGGGGGCGCUGAACGUGCAGGACCUGAGCUCUCUCCGGGCAGAGCUGGACAUUCCCAUCCCUGACCCGGCCAAAGAGGAACUGAAGAAGAAGAAAAAGGAGGAGGAAGAGAAAGAGAAGGGUGGAAAGGAGGAGGAUAAAGAUGACGAAGAUAAAGGCCCCCCCUGUGGCCCUAUCUCCUCGAACCCGCACAUCCAGUCUCUGCUCCUCAGACUCAAGCCGCAGAUUCAGUCUGUGAAGGAGGCUGUCAACUCUGUCAGUCUCUGGGUUCAGCUCCAGAUCCCCAGAAUUGAGGACGGGAACAAUUUUGGGGUGGCAGUGCAGGAGAAAAUAUUUGAACUGAUGACUGGAACUCGGACCAAGAUUGAAGGAUUUCAGACUCAGAUCUCAAAGUAUUUCUUAGAGAGAGGGGACACAGUUGCCAAGGCCUUGAAGCAGCCCCACGUGGGAGACUACAGGCAGCUGGUUCAUGAACUGGAUCAGAACCAGUACACUGAGAUCCGGCUCAUGGUUCUGGAGAUCCGGAACAUUUACGCUGUCCUGUACGACAUCAUCUACAAGAAUUUCGACAAGAUCAUGAAACCCAAAGGAGAUUCAAAGGCUUUGAUCUACUGAGAGACACACACACAGACAGACAGACAGACAGACAGUGCCUUUCCUCUGCUGUGAAUAUCUUUCACACACUUUGAUCAUAUUCACCGUAUUGAAUUGUGUCUCGAUUAAUAAUAUUAAAAGCAACUAUUACAUUUGAAAAU